AUGGAAAAGAUUUCACUUGCUCAUUCUGCGGAUAAAUUCUGUAACCGCUUUAAGGGUUACCAUUACAUGUCAAGAGCGGGAAACGAUCCUUUUAAAACAGGAUUCAUCAUAGACGCCAUUCUUAACGUUCCGUUUUGCAUUAUCACAACACUGGCCAAUGUUCUUGUUAUAAUCCGGCGCUGUACUCACUCCUCAGAUCUUGAAUUUAUGAAGGGCUGGCGCGAAAAGUUUUUGCUCGCCACUUCAUAACAGGAUAAUGUAGCCUCUGCUAACAAGAGUAACCUUGAAACCAAAGCCGUACGUCAAAACGUACUUUCCGCAAAUAAAAACAAAGACACUAAGUUUUCCAUGAAAAUCAUGUGUUUCAAUAAAAUUUGCCCCAGGCAAAGUGAGAGACAACAACCUUUGUGUGAGUGUAAGUCAUCGUGUUUGACUAUACCACCUGGGGGCGAGUACUCUCUUUGACCUUCUUCCUAGUUCAACAUCGUCUUUACUGUUUUUCAAGCAAGAAAAAUGAUUACUAUCGGUCUUAAUUUUUUUCUUUUACUCCAAUCUCCUCUCUUCUAUAACAAUGGAAAAGAAUGACUUAUAGGUUGAUAGGUUAAAAAAAAUUUUGUUAAUAAAAAAAAUGGUAAUGCUAGCGCUGGCCGCGCCGUAGAUUACGGCUAACAGAAACUAACAGACGGCAUGCGGAAGCUUGUUAGCUUCGAUAUGACGUUUAUAAAACAUGCCCGCAAUUAUAACAUUGUUUCCAAGUUACAGGUGCGCACGUUUCGUGACAUCACCUUCAUUAUUUUUUGCAUUUAAUUGGCCAUUGAAGUAUCUGAAACCAUUACUGAAACUCAUGACGAACUUUUAAAUUACAAAAAUCACUACGCACGGCACACACCAAGGUCUUUCGACAAUCAGUAAUUCCAUGAUCUCAACCGAAAGUUCACUCUUCUGUGACCGCUUCAGCGGCUAUCGAUACAUGAAGACUGUUGGAAAUUAACCUUUCAAGACAGCGUUUGUGGUAAACGCCGUUUUGAAUGUUCCAUUCUGUUUCAACGCUAUCCUUACCAAAGUUCUUGUUAUCUUGUCAAUAUGGCCAUCCCACACACUUCGCAACGCACCAGCAAACUUGUUGUUGAUUGGGCUUGCAUUAUCGGAUUUGGGAGUCGGAUUAAUCGUUCAGCCGUUCUUUAUGGCAUUUUUGCUCUCCUACGCUGAAACUGGAGCAGGUACUUUCACCUGUUUGACGUCUGUAGCUGUCAGCGUUUUCGGUUCUGUCUUAACAUCCGUCUCAUUUGGCUCUGUUGUUAGCGUAAGUAUAGAGCGGUAUAUCGCACUUUGUCUUCAUCUACGCUACGAGGACAUAGUUACA